AUGAAGCGCACGCACGACGACUCGGAGCCGGACCUCACCCCGAACCCGACACCUCAGAAGCCCAAGCGCCGCGCCUUCACCAAAGACGUCAAGCCGCGCGUCCGCCGUCCCUCACCCUCACCUUCUCCGUCGCCUUCGCCUGACCCCAACCGUGACACCAAGCCUGGCGUCACUGGCGUCGAUUCCAGCGACUCCGAGGACAAGAACCCCAGCACGACGAAGGCUGGGGGAGGAGGUCGUAAGUGGACGACAGCCGAGUAUACCGCCCUCCUGCACCACGCUUUACCCAAGGUCCCCAUGAAGGCUUGGGAGGGGGUUGUGCCUGAUCGUACGGCGUUGCAGUGUGAUCGGGCUUGGAACCGUCGUGUCGUCCCCAAGCUGCUUAAGAUACUGCAGGAGGAGAAGAAGUAG